GGAUGCCUCGUGCGUCUUGGGAACCGUAAUGGUUCUCCGAGUACGGCGUGUGAACGUCGAGUGCCAGUGCAACAAUGCUCCGUGCGGACAAUGUGGUUCGAUCACGGGGAUUAAAGGCAACAGGAUGUCUUCUUCCAAGGGCGAGGUGGAGCCAACAGGGACCUCCGGGAAGGAAUCAGGAAAAGAUUCCACGAGGCGGACGUCUACUGCCACGAAGGGGUGGUCGAACCAUUCGAGGUCGAAAUGGUUCAUCGACUGGUGCUGUGGAGACGCUUCUAACCCCACUGCGCAGCCAUGUGGUCCUGUCAUCUUCAUCGACAGCAGAAGGCGUAGAGUGCUUGGGGCUGUUUUGCGGUGGGAGGACGCAAAGGGGGGCCGACGACAUUUCUAUAUGCAAAAGGUUUAUGGUGCCAAGGGCAACGUCGUUGCCAAUUCGAAAGGGACGUUGUUGGACCUCGAAUUGUGUGAGGGGUUCGGAGCGAGUGCUAUGAACACCUCGUUCUACAGAGAACUCGUUCUCGGGGGCGGAUUUGUUUUGGCGCGUGAAUUUUUCGACAUGUUGGAGGACAGGAACAUUGCUCUCAACGUCCCCUGCGACAUCGGCCACUCCCUGGAGCUCUCGUUGCCGUUGAGGCUGUGUAGCGGUUGCGAGUCAAGCGGGGCAGCGGCGGAGGGCGGUGAUCUAGGUUUUUGGACUCCCACCGACGUCGACGUCGGGUACUUCCUAGAGUACAAAGACGGUGUUCGGACAAAGCGGGAGUUCGAGAUUAGCCCUGCGCAGGUCGUCGACCUCGGGGAGUGGGAGGACCUGUACAACCAACGGUCCCUGGAUCCGGUGGUCGUGGAAGGGAUCAACGAAGCGAUGCGGUUGGCGUUCGAAAACAAAGUGCAGUCUUAUGAUUUACCUAACCUGAAGGUGGCACCGCUGGGGCUUGAUAAACCGACUCCGGGGACCAAAGCAGAAUGUCUCAGGCCAGAGGAAUGGAGGGAUGAGCUGGCGGGACAAUACUACUACUACGCGGUGUGUGGGCAGCACAACGCGGCUGCAGCGAGGUCGUUGCUCGGCAGCGAGGUGGCCAGGAAAUACAAUUUCGAGCGGUGGCCAACACGAAUGGUCCACUUUUCGGACGGGGACUUCGAAGGGUACUUCCUUGUCAGUUCCCAGGACAACAAGAAGGACCUGAAGGCGCCCCCACGACAGCUGAAGAUGUCGAUGAGAGACAUUAGGUGGCAGUGGAAGAGCGCCGGUUGCCCACGUGCUGUUAUAGGGAACCCCAGCGAAAAACAGGAUCAGGUCCGGAAGUGGCGUGAAUUCUCUAAUGUCGCGCUCAAUAUGAGACCGCACAACAACUUGUGGAUUCUCGCAGAUCAGAAGGGCGACGAGCCCAUCAGGAAACAAGGCGCUGCCCUGCGUUCCUAUUUCUCGCUGGCGAUGGCAGGGGAGAACGUAUGGAAACUGGCCGUUGAGUUUUUCGAGAAAUGGGAGACAGGCAGAUUGCUCGGACACGACGGCGCAAAGUGGAUCAUGCGGAAGAAGAAAGUCAAAAACGUGAAGCCUGGGGUUGCCUACAUCAACAACGACAAACUGGGCAGGAAGGAGGUCGUGUACAACGUCCAUGUGGACCCGCCGACAAAGAAAGGCAAAAAGGAGGAGGAGGGCGAGUGGUUCGUGCAAGUGCCUGAGCCGGACGCACAUUGUUGGAAAACGAUGGAGUCGCUAACCGACAACGAGAAGUGCCGCAUCCUGAAGAAGGUGCUCGCUUGCGAGGUGGUUUGGGUCCAGACCGGCUCCUCGGCGUUGGCGAAGCUCGGAAAGCUGAGCGUCCAGGAGAUGGUGCAUUUGGUGAAGUGCGACUGGGUGCUAGUGCGUCUUGUGGGAAGUACUGAAGGCAGGACGAAACGUCAUCGCGAUGGAAGGGAACUCCGAGCGCUUGAAUUUUCAAUUGAUCUCGUCAAAAGCGAGGUCAAUUCGGGUGCCCACAAUUGGGAGUUUAUGGUUGUCACCGAGACUCGGGCUCGCGCGUGGAACAACAAGAAGGACAUGUGGUUCAAGUUGAGUGCGAGGAAGCGGAACAAGAUAUACGACAUCUUGUUCCUGCAAACACGGCCGAAGAAAGACACUGACGCCGAGUACGUGCGCCGCAAGGACCACAUAUUCACGUUGCUCGACAACUACCACGGCGCCUCCCGCAUGAACGCGAAGACCUUCCUCGAGAGGUUGCAGUCCCUGUACUUCGUGGAGUCAGAGGAGGAGUGGACGUUCGACAAUUACUCCUCCUUGAUCUCCACGGAAGACGAGGAGACCACCGACAUCGAGUUCGACGCGACCGUGGACGAGGAGGGCAGCGGCACCAAAAGCCUCGACGUGCAGUACGACCCACAUCCCGUGCAGCACGCUACAGGGUCGUCCUUGGCAGCGGACGUGCCCACUUCAUCCGCCGGCUCGGUGAUGCCGGCGGGAGGGGCUGCGUGCGGCGAGUGGGAAGGGCAUUCGUCGGAAUUCGACACGGGUUCGGGCGAGGUGGCUGGAUUGCAUGCAAGGAAAGAAGGCAGGGUGAUGGACAAAGAGAAGGAAGGGGAGGAAGGAGACAAAGGGGAGGAAUGGGAGGAAGGAGGGGAUGAUGGGGAGGAAGAAGAGGAUGAAGGGGAGGAAGGAGAGGAAGGGGAAGAAACGGAGUUGGCUGGGUUGCUCGGAGAGAAAGAGGGGGAAAAACGAGAACUCGAUACUGGAGACGACGAACGGACGUUCAGCGACGAUGAUGGCAGCUCUGGGGAGUCGUCUGACGGAUUCGGACAGUUGUGCGGAGAACAUCGCGAGGAAGACGACGACGACGAUGACACAGCACUGGAUAUGGAGACACAGGUGGUCACAAGCCUUUCGGCAGAAAUUGAUGACUAUGAGGUCCAAGCAAUGACGUCUGCCGUCGAUCUCCAACACCGGUUCAACGAAGCUCGUGUUGCAGUCAGCCUGACUAAACGAACUCUCCGAUGAAGUUAUCGACGACAUCCUGGGCGACCACCACAUGUCCGCGCAGGCGUCCUCGACGCCUGGUGUCGACGACCCUUUCGACGUC